AUCGCUAUAGAGACUCGGAAGCUUCAGCAGCUGGGAAAGAUGGAGGUUCCGGAGGUUGGACGAUCCGCUGAGGGAGAAGAGGACUUUCAUGACUGCCCCGAGGAGCUUGUAGAAACUAAUGGGGUGGCGGAGGAAGACGAAGAGGACAAUGUCCACGAGGCGGCAGGUGGAACAGAAGAGGUAGAAGGUUCUGGAGCCGCAUCGGACGAGGAGGGGGCUGGAGCUGCCGGAGAUGAUGUGGAGCUGGAUGAGGAGACGCUGCUGGAGAUGGAGAAGGGGCUUCCCGCGGAGGAGAGAGAGGAGAGGAGACAGCAGAGCACUCAGUUAAAAGAAGAAGGAAAUGAGCUCUUCAAGAAAGGUGAUUACGUUGAAGCUGAAGACAUUUACUCUCAGGCACUUCUAAAAUGCCCGGCCAGUUACCAGAAAGAAAGAGCUAUUCUAUAUUCUAACCGAGCAGCUGCCAGAUUAAAACAGGACAAGACAGAACCUGCAAUAACAGACUGUACAAAAGCAAUAGAGUUAAAUCCUGACUACAUCCGCGCAUUGCUGAGGAGAGCUGAACUGUACGAGAAGACCGAUAAGCUUGAUGAGGCUCUGGCAGAUUACAAAUCAGUCAUGGAAAAAGACUUGUCAUGUCGCCAAGCCAAAGAGGCCUGCAUGCGUCUGCCUAGGCAAAUUGAGGAAAGAAAUGAGCGAUUAAAGGAGGAAAUGAUGAGUAAAUUAAAGGAUUUAGGAAACUUGGUCCUCAAGCCUUUUGGACUAUCCACACAAAACUUCCAAGUCAACCAGGAUGCUUCAACAGGAUCGUAUUCAAUCAACUUUGUUCAAAAUCGAGACAAUAACAGAUGAUAUGCAUUCAGCCGAUGAGACGGGAUUGCUACAUGGGUGGAAUAGACUUGAGUCUCCCUUGCUGUGCUGCUCCAGAGGACAUUAUCAGAUACUCCACCGCCUUCAUUUUUUAUUUUAUUAAUUUAUCCUUCAAGUAAUCUUAAAUGAGGCCUUCCACCCAUGUCAGUAAUAUAUAUUUUAUUUCUACCUGGCUGUAAUGAGGUAUGAGCCUAAUUACAGUAUCUCACCAAGUUUGUCCUUUGUGUGCAUGGACCAGUGUUUUAACCACUGGGAGGAGAUAUUAAAGAUUUAAAGGGUAUUCCAGUCCAAUAAAAAAAAUGUCCCAUGGCCUGCAAAUGGUAAAAAAAUAAAAUAAAACUUUACACUCAUCCUUGCCAAUCCACCACUGCUGCCGUUCCGACGCUUUUCAGUGAUUGAGCAAUAUGCCCAGCCAAUCCCUGUUAAGUCAAGACAGGAGCAGGAUGUGGGUUGCCUCAGGGGAUCAGAAUAGCAAGUAUAGGCUUCUUUAUAUUUCAAGCUGUUUGCAGGCAUACUUAACCUCUUCUCCCCCCGCCCUACGUCCACCAUUCCAGCACCACCACAAAGACCUGCUUAAUUGGCUGCAUCAGUCACGUGGACUAAGCACGUUAGUCAAGGAUGUCAUCACUGCAGUGGAGAUGUGCCCUACUCCAGGUGGUCACAUGAAGUAGUCAGAAAUGUCAUCAUUGCAACUGAAGUGAUUGCAGGGAUUGAGCAGGGGAGAAAGGGGUUUCGUUUUUGUUGUUUUAAAUAUGGUAACAUUCAUGGCCUUCCCCGCCUUUUUGCGGUUCUGGAAAAACCCAUUUAAGCCUACUUGGUGCAAACAUUUUGCAGCCAGAUCUAGAAUGAAAUCGACCAUUGCUUCCUAAUACAGUGCUUAUAAAUACAAUUUCGGAGCUCAAACGCA